GGAGAGCAGGCUCUGACGGGAGCGAGAAUGCUCAGGAUGUCCAACUGCCCUAAACUGACCAGGGUGGUGCUGAGCCACAAGUUCAGGGCUCUGUUUAUCCUCGCCUUUAAGUUCAUGUCCUUUGCCUCCAUCGUGUUGUACUGGAAAAUCACGGAGGACCCUAAGGGCAGAGGCCAGGUCUACAGCUUGCCUGUUAAAAUCCUCUGUGCUCGCUCUGUGCCUUCUCCUCCCUGCACCAUUGGUGGUGGGCCCCCUCCUUCCCCAGGGGAUGUGUUUUUUGUGGAGACCUCGAACCGAACUAACCCAAGUUACUUGUUCAUGUGCUCUGUGGAGUCAGCAGCUCGGACGCACCCAGGGACAAGGGUCGUGGUGCUCAUGAAAGCCUUGGCAAACAUUAACGCCUCGUUACCCAACCACUGGGGCUUCUCGUUGCUGAGCUGCUUCCCCAACGUGGAAGUCCGGCCCCUGGACUUGCCAGAGCUUUUCUCUGGAACACCUCUGGCAAAGUGGUACUCACAGGCUCAGCACCGCUGGGAGCCUUAUUUCUUACCCAUCCUGUCUGAUGCCUGUAGAAUUGCCAUCAUGUGGAAAUUUGGUGGCAUCUACCUGGACACAGACUUCAUUGUGCUUAAGAACUUGAAGAACCUCACUAAUGUGCUUGGUACCCAGUCCAAGUAUGUAUUGAAUGGGGCCUUUCUGUCCUUUAAGCCCAAACACAAGUUCAUGAAGCUUUGCAUGCAGGACUUUGUGGAGAAUUACAGCAGCUGGAUCUGGGGGCACCAGGGCCCACAGCUCCUAACGCGCGUCUUCAAGAAGUGGUGCUCCAUCAGGAGUCUUCAGAGCAGUACGAGCUGCAAAGGAGUGAGUGCUCUGCCCCGCGAGGCUUUUUAUCCCAUUCGGUGGCAGGACUGGAAGAAGUUAUUUGAAGCAAUCAGCUCCUCAGAUCUUCACCACCUAUUUAAUAACACCUAUGCAGUGCAUGUAUGGAACAAGAAGAGCCAAGGGAGAAGGCUAGAGAUCACAUCCCAGGCUUUGCUGGCUCAGCUGCAUUCUCACUUCUGCCCUGCCACAUACAAUAUCAUGAAGAAGGACUCUGAAGAGCAGUGA